UGGUUUUAGCUGCCAUCUAGCGUCCACUUUUAUUUACGUAUCAUGUUAUCCAGGUAAACGUGAUCGAUUGGUUGCGUCUGCUCAGGUAGUUUAGGCGGAGCAGAGGCUACCUCCGUUGGGAGUAAACAAAACCUUCUUAAUCUACCGGGAACUGUCUGGAGUUGCUCAGCGACUACCGCUGCUAUAAUUCAUUGUACUUUACCUAUACACGUCACGAUGAGCCGCGUUACAUUUUUUCAAAGGAAGUUGCUAAGCUCAGCUGUUGUUUGUGACUAUCGCUAAACGUUUCCUGGUUCAUCUUAUCAGCGUCGAGGCAAGUAACCUACCUACCUACCUACCUGCUCUUUUAGGUUUCAUUUUGUUUCUGUUGAACUCGGCGUUCAAGACACUUAUCAUCAUAGGUAGCCUAAAGUAGAAGUAGCUAGUCUACGUGGUGCCAGUUGGGGAAAGAAAGGCAUAUACAUAGGAUAUAUAGUAGCCUAUGCUAGUUUGAAGAAGCUGGGUGUGCUGUUGAUGGUACUCUGCCCUCUGUAGCCUACUGCCAAUUAGUGCCCCACCCGCUCUCCUCGCGCAGGUGCACGCCCGACCAUGUUGUUUCAUCUGUUCAUACUCCUUCAACUCCUGGCAUGUGGAGAUCUGGCCUGUAUGAGGAGGUUACUCUCGGAACAUGAAGACCAAGAAGUGUUUUUAGAUGAUGGAGGCGCAAAUUCGUUCCUGGGUCGCCAUCUGCUGUUCAACCGGUUUGACUUUGAGAUUUUCGUUCCUGGAAAUCUGGAAAGGGAGUGUUAUGAAGAAGUCUGUAAUUACGAAGAAGCAAGGGAGGUCUUUGAAAACAUCCCGGCUACAGAGGCUUUUUGGAAGAAAUAUACUGAAGAUAAUGACAAUAGCCUCUCACGGGUUGAUGUGACAUCUCUUUUGGUGGGACUGAUUGCUGGUGGAGUGGCCAUUGUUAUCGCUGGCCUCCUGGUCUGGUAUUUAUGUCACCGCAAAUGCAAAAACAGGCAUGCAAAGUCCAUGCGGGGGCGACCGAAUAGGAGUAAUGCUUCUUUAAUAAUGAGACGGCUGGAGGAGGUGUCCUUACAACCUGUACCCCCACUCCCUAUGGAGGAAAUAGAUCCCCCAGGGCUGCCUUCCUAUGAGCAGGCAAUUGCAAAAAGUGGACCGCACGACGCCCCACCUCCUCCCUAUCCUGGCUCUCAACCUGGAAGUAUUCGGCGGUAGUAUCUUCAGGACAACACGUCUGUCAGCAUUAAGCAGACAAUUUAAAACAUUUACACUGUGCUGCUCUGCUUAGCAUUGUGUACCAAUUCUUUCCAUCACAAAAUGUAAAACACUUCCUUAUGCCUUCUGUUUAUUGCUCUGAUUAUAUUUAUCCAUUCAUAAAUUUCAUUUUCU